AUGACCGACGAGUCGUGCCUCGUUGGAGCGCCAACCGGAUCGGGAAAAACGGUGUGUGCCGAGUUGGCCAUCUUUCGACUACUACAGAAACAUCCGGGCAAGAAGUGUGUCUACGUGGCUCCGUUGAAAGCUCUUGUGCGGGAACGUGUCUCCGAUUGGAAAGAGAAAUUUCAGCGAAAACUCGGCUACAAAGUCCUUGAACUGUCCGGUGACUACACACCCGAGGUGAGCGAGCUGAACGCGGCACCGAUUCUCAUCACAACCCCGGAGAAAUGGGACGGAGUGACAAGAUCUUGGGCAACGAGGGAGUACGUUCGACAAGUCGGUCUGGUGGUGAUCGACGAGAUUCAUUUGCUCGGCGUGGAAAGGGGACACGUUUUGGAGGCGAUUGUUACACGGCUGAAGUUCCUGACGCGUCGCUCGUUGUUACGUGACAUGUCAGCUCGUUUGUUGGGUCUCUCGACUGCACUGGCGAAUGCGGGUGAUGUGGCGCAAUGGCUCGGCAUUCCGGAGUGGGGCUUGUUCAACUUCCGACCAUCCGUCCGACCGGUGCCCAUCAAUGUGCACAUUGCCGGCUUUCCCGGUCAACAUUACUGCCCUCGAAUGGCACUGAUGAACAAACCGGCUUUUAAAGCAAUUCUCACCUACUCCCCACUCAAGCCGGUAAUCGUUUUCGUGGCCUCGAGAAGACAAACCAGGCUGACAGCGUUGGCUUUCAUCUCAAUGCUGGUGACAAGUAUCGAUCCAAAGCAAUGGUUACACAUGUCCAUGGAUGAGCUUGAAGUCCUCAUGCAGAGCAUCAAAGAUGAGAAUCUCAAAUUGACGCUGCCGUUUGGAAUCGGAAUGCAUCAUGCCGGUUUGCAGCCACACGAGAGGUCAAUUGUUGAACAGCUAUUCGUCGACAAGAAGAUUCAAGUGUUGAUUGCGACGGCGACACUCGCUUGGGGAAUCAACAUGCCCGCGCAUCUCGUCAUCGUCAAGGGAACCGAGUAUUAUGAUGGAAAGAAGUGCAAAUACAUUGAUUUCCCGGUGACUGAUGUUCUCCAAAUGAUGGGUCGAGCUGGACGACCUCAAUUUGACGAUUCUGCCGUGGCGGUGAUUUAUGUGCAAGACUUGAAAAAGCACUUCUACAAGAAAUUCCUCUACGAACCGUUUCCCGUCGAAAGCAGCCUGCGACCCGCUUUGGCCAACCAUGUGAACGCUGAGGUGCACGCCGGGACGAUCACCACAAAGCAGAGUGUAAUGGAGUACAUCGCAGGCACCUAUUUCUACCGAAGACUCUUUGCGAAUCCAAAUUUCUACGGCAUCGGCGAGCUCUCGGAGGAGUCAGUUUGUCACUAUUUGACGACGAUCGUCGACGAAAUUAUCGCUGAUCUAUUGGAAAGCAAAUGUAUCACGUUGGAUGAGGAGGACGACUCGCUUCGAUCAACGGCUUUCGGUCGUUUGGCUACAAUCUAUUAUAUCGAGCACAAAUCGGUGCGUUUCUUCCUGAACACAAUCACAAAGGAGUCGACGAUCGAGGAGUUGCUAAAGAUUUUGACGGAUGUGCCCGAGUACGCGGAGAUCCCAGUUCGACACAACGAGGACUUUGUUAAUGGACAAAUCGCUCGCCAGUUGCGCAUCAAAUUGCCGACCAACAUGAUGGACUCACCGCACAUUAAGGCGCAUAUCCUUUUCCAGGCUCACUUCUCGCAUAUCGACUUGCCCACCGACUACAGAACCGAUCAGAAGACCGUUUUGGACUCGAGCAUCCGUAUUUUGCAGGCUAUGCGCGACAUUUGCCUCGUUCGUGGUUGGCUCUCGCCGGCGUUGAGCGUUUCGAUUCUUGAGCAAAUGUGCUACUCGGGCAGAUGGUGGGACGAUCAUCCGCUGCUCGUUUUGCCGCACUUAUCUGAAACGGAUGCCUUGGCGAUUGGACCAGAUGGAUGCACGAUUCCGGAGCUGCAAGAACGAUGGGCGAUCACACAAUCGAAAGGAUUUGAUGAGGUGUGCUCUCGUUUACGCAAGCGGUUGAUCGAACAGACGACCGUUGAUCCAAGCAAAGUCAAUGAGGUGAUCAAAACGGUUUGCCGGUAUCAGAUCGUUCGUCUGAAUAAAUUUCACUUCAACUGGCCUAGUGGCGAGGAGCGAAUCGCUUUUGAUAACCCGAAGAAAGUCUACCGUCUACCGAGAAACACCGUUUGCAAGUUGGUCAUCGAGCUGGAGUCGUUGGGACCGAAUCGGUUUUCACCCGACGCUUGCCUCCCGUGGUGGUCCAAGGAGAAAACGGCUGGAUGGGUGUGUAUUCUCGGCGAGAAGGAUACACAAAAAGCUCUCGCUUGUCACUUCAUCGCAUCACCGACACCGCGAAAAGUCGCCCGCUUUGAGCUGCACACACCGGACUUUAGUUCUCGUCUCAAUUUGUCGCUUUUCCUCUUCUCGGAUUGCUAUCUCGGCGUCGAUCAAGAGUACAAUUUCGGUGUCGAAUUUUUC